AUGAUACACCCAAUUUGUGCCAACAUAAGAUACGAACUACUCAUGGUCCAAAGAUAUAUUCAAAGGGUAAAUGCUUUGCUUGGUCCUCAUGUCUACCGGGAUCAGGGAGAAUAUGGAGAACUGGAUGUGAAUGAAUCACGUAGAGGUCGGCCUGCGAGCAGAGCCUCUACUAGUCGUAACUUGUCUUCAUGGAAGAUCAGUUGUCUCGACAUCGAUAAAAGGGAUCUGAGUUUAUCGAAUAGUGGAUUCGGGCAGCUGGCAGACGCGUGCGGGUGUCCUAGGUCGUCGAGGUCUAGGCGUGCGGGGACUUGGCGUCACGCGGGCGUGUGUGGCAAGUCUCCUGGGCGCGCAAGGAAUCCUGGACCAGCGCAGGUUGGCGAGCGCGUGGGACACGGUCGCGAGAUGCGCAAGACACGAGCAGGGCGAUCGGGUCUGCUCGCCCAGGAGCUUGGCGGUCGAUACGCGUCGCUGGGAACUCGCGGAGAAAAUGAUGAACGUGGGAGAGAUUUCUCACCAAAGAAUCGCAACAGAUCCGAUAUGUUGGAGGAGGAGGUUUGGUCGUCGAAGGAAAAUUUUUCCAAUGUGGGCUGA